AUGAAUUCUGUCUCCGCACUUGGAGAGCCUCAUGUGGUGCGCAACGGCCUACAAUCGCCUCCUACCAACACCUCGAAAGACAUGGCAAACCGCCUCGCAUCCAAACCACACGAUGCCCAAUCCACUUAUGAUAUUAUGUCAACUGGAUCGAACGUUAAGGCGAGCGGAAGCCUGACCCAUGCAACUCAGAAUUUGGCCAACAUCGGAGACAAUGUAGGAGUAUACAGCCCGUCCUCACAAGGCACUAUCCAAGACUGCAUCACUGUGGCUCCCCGUCAUAACAAGACGCAUAUGGCGCAAGGGAGCUCACCCGCUGCUCUUCAGCGAGGUGAGGAUGGUCCGAAAUACGAUCUCACAACACUUGCGAAUCCUAUCCGACCUACCAGCGGACCUCAUGUCCCGAUGUUUAAUCUGGAACUGGUUUAUGACGUCUUCAAAGAUACCCCUUGGGGAAAUCAAUAUAGCGAAGCAGUGGGGGAGCAGAAUCCCACCGAGAGUCGCCAAAACGACAAAACUGCUCAGUAUAGAGCCUUGAAACAAACAAAGAGAAACCCUCUUGGACCGCGAGCUGGCUUGGGAGUCUCCAAGACACCCCGCCUGCUCAAGCAGCCUGCCAUACAACUCAGGCGAUCUAAGAACCUUCAGGGGAAGAACCCAAUCGAUCUCGUUGCUAGAGGAGCCACUCCGACGCCCAGUAGCCCAAGCGACCCGGCGCCUUACUAUGAUGUUGCUCGCGCACCCAAUCUCAGCAGGCCUAUUCCCGACUUUGACCCAGCUUUGAUUUCUACUUGCCCUGAGCCGCUAUCACCUUCAGAGAUGCUAGAUGGAGAGAAAUACUUCCUCUAUCAGAUGGCCACAGCUCGCCAUCUGGCCUUCAACGGAGUUUCAGGCCCAUACCAGAUUGGCCACUGCUUGUGUGAUGUCCAUAAGGCAACCGGGAAUCUAGUCAAGUUUGCACGUGCCUGCACCGCUCCAAAUGGCGAAAGAUACUGGCGUCAUCUCAUGACAAAUGCGUCUAUAAAGGCUCAAGAUGGGUCCAGAAUGGCAGGCAAACCAGUUGCGCUCUCAAACGGGGCCCUGAUUUGGAUGGAAGAUGAGAGAGGCAAGGCCAUAGCCCCUGAAUGGACAUUCAACGAGCCCCAAUUCUUACCUGGAUCUUCUGAUGAUCAAGAAAUGGGAGGGCAUCCGAAGCAAGCUGAGCAGGAGACCAACCCAAUCCAUCCUGGACUCAAGACUACUAGCAAAGAUCCCUUUUGGUGGUGA